UGGGCAUAAAAAUGCGGCUUUAAAAAUCACGAGCCUUAAAGCGCUAGCUUUGGUAGCUUACCCUUUAGACAUCCCUGAGUCCACAAUGUUCAAGUUUAUUAUGAAAUGCACUUAAACCAAGCAAAACGCAAAGAGUAAAAACCACCUCCAAGGCUCCAAGGUGGCUUAGGUUCGAAUAUGGCUAGGUGUAAUCUUGGAAUUGGCCAUGGAAAGGUUUCUGAUUAGGGAAACCCACAUCAGUAUUUAAAACCCUGAGAGUAAAAUGAUAAGGAGCAUACAAAGGUUCAAAUCUGAGUAACCGUGCUUGGGGAUUAUAUAAUGGCGUUUAUUGUCCGGGACCACUUUCAAACUUGAAGAUUGAGAUGUUAAAUCAGAAACAGGACAUGUUGCUUUUAGUAUCUAACCCAACAUGCAUACCAGGUUCAUUCUGUCCAUAAUUGCAUACUAGGUUCACUCAGUCCUUAUAUGCUUACAGGUUCCAUAGGCAUCUUUUAUUCCAUAGGCAUCUUCUAAUAAUUCAAUCAAUUCAUACCCAAUUUAUUUCCUAGAUCCCAAUUAAUCCAUGUCCUUAUCCAAUGACCUCUUGGUCUGACCUUCUGCCAGAGAUUCUGGAUAAAAUCUCCAGAAAAUUUGAUUUUUAUGAAGAUUUUGUCAACUUUCUUUGUGUUUGUAGUUCAUGGAAGUCUUCUGUCACCAGAACCAGAAACUUCAUUCAGUGUCUUCCUUCUCGGUUUCCAGCUUUGAUGCUUGCAGAAUCCAAUACAGAAGACGAAGCGCAUGAUUGUUGCCGGUUCUUUCUUUUUUCUAACGGCGGAACCGUGCGUAAACAUCGACUACCGGAGGCUCGCUGGCAGCGAUGUAUAUCAGCUAAUGGGUGGUUGUUGACCACUGGUGAAGAAGAGUUUACUGCCAGGCUUAUACACCCACUUUCACGUACUCAAAUCGAACUCCCACAACUUUAUAUGUUUGAAGAGUUAUACUUCGAUCAAGACGAAUGGAUUUACUAUCGGUUUGCCAUGAGGAAAGCGGUUUUUACAUCAUCAAACCCAUUAUUAAAGGACUCCUCCUUUCGGGUUAUUAUAAUAUGGGGGACAACUAUAGGGUUUUGCAGACUGGGGGACGUUUCAUGGUCUCAAAUUACCGGUUGGGAAGGACAUCCUUUGGAUAUCACAUAUCAUAAAACACGAAAGCGCCUCUAUGUAGUGGCCACUAUGGGAUCACUCUAUGAGUGCGAAAUUCUCAACGAUGUAUCGAGUCCUUUAAAUUUGUGUCGCUUGUCACAAUUCCCAGGAAAAGAGUUUGGUCGUUCCAACCUUCCAUGGGCAUAUGUACUCGAAUGGGGCUACAACAGUUUGCUACUUGUUACUCGUGAACGACAUUAUUUCAAAAAACAUGAUGAUGAGUGUGCAUUUCAGUGUUUUGUGUUCAAUUUAGAUGAUGGAAAAUGGUUGAAACUUGUGAAUUUGGGCAAUAAGGCGAUCUUUCUGGGAUUCAAUUCAUCAUUCAUGAUUGAUGCGGGUGGAGGGGUGAAGCCGAAUUGUAUAUACUUUACAAAUGAUCUUUAUGAACCAUAUCAUGGUCUGCUGGAUGGCGGCGGAGUAGAUGUUGGCAUCUAUCAUCUUUCUGAUGGUAGGAUUGAAGCCAUCUUUGAUUCACCAGAAUCGGUUUUUCGUAAUAGUCCAGCAUUAUGGCUGCAAACAAGCACACUGCAUUCGGUUAAGGAAAUUUAGUUAGCUAUGCUACUUGUAUGGUCACGAAAUACAGAUGCUAUAAAUAAUCGAUACUCUAAGUACUUAUGAUGUUAUAAAUGCAAGGUCUUUAUUAUCUGUUGUAAUUACUGGUUUUAGAGGGUCACAAGUUAGGGAUGCCACUGAAUAUUUUUGGUGUAAACGAUUUAAGUCGUUAUAUGUUGAGUGAUCAAUGAUAAGAGGGAUGUCCCUCUACGUCUAGUUCUAGAUUUCUAAA